GCGGAGGAGGCCCAUCCGUUGGACGGUGCACAAAUGUGCUGAAGGGGAGGAAACUGUUUGCUUGUUGGGGCUGGAAUUUCCCCAGGAAAGUUGGGAAUGUUCCCCCUUCCUGCUUGUUGUGAGCAAGAGGAGACCAGCCUUGGGCUUCCUUGGUUUCUUACCAAAUGCAAUCAUUUACCUGGGGAAGGGAAGCCGUCCUGUGUCAGCCGUGCCUUCGCUCCAACCUAGACUCCAACUUUCCCAUCGGUGAAUAGGGAUGAGCAGCGGUGCCCCUGAGGAACUCCCUUUGUAGCUCCGGCCACAAGACCCAGUCCUUCUUUGCCUUCCGCGACCGGAGAUCUCCAUUCAGCAAAGGCGAAGAGGAUGUCUCCCUGGCUGAGUGGCCGAGUCGCGGUCACCCACCUCCUGGUGGCCCUCUUUGGGAUGGGAUCCUGGGUCGCCAUCAACUCCUUGUGGGUGGAGCUGCCCGUGGUGGUCAAGAGGCUCCCGGAAGGCUGGAACCUGCCGGCUUACCUGUCGGUGUUGAUUGCGCUGGGGAACGUGGGCCCGGUGAGCGUGACGCUGGCACACCACUUUGCGCCGGGGCGGCUGAAGGAGCGCUGGCUGAUCCACGGGAUCCAGGCGCUGUUGGUGGGGGCGUCCAUCCUGCUGGCGGCCUUCUGGGAGCACACGGCGACGGUGGGGGGUGCGCCGCACAGCCUGGCUUACCUGGCGCUGGCCUUCGCCCUGGCCCUGGCCUGCUGCACCUCCAACGUCUCCUUCCUGCCCUUCAUGUACAGCUUCCCGCCGCUCUUCGUCCGCACCUUCUUCAUCGGCCAGGGCCUGAGCGCCCUCCUGCCCUGCAUCCUGGCUCUGGGGCAGGGGGUGGGGCAGCUGGAGUGCCCCAACGCCACGCAAGGCGCCAACGCGUCCUUCCCACGUUAUCUGGAGGAGAACUUCUCGGCCACCACGUACUUCUGGCUCUUGGUGGGACUCUUGGCCGUUUCGGCGCUGGCCUUUCUAGCCCUGGUGAUGUGGCACGAACGUGACGGAGGGAACGGGGAGAAAGCCUCCUCCAAAGAGAGCGUGGCCACCGAGGAGUCCUUCCCGCUGCAGACGGACAGCACGCCCUCCUCCGAAUGCGGCCCGGCGGACGUGGCGGGCAGCCCGCCCAAGCCCAGCACCGACGUCGUCGCCGUCCCCUUCUGGACGAGACGGAACGCCUUCCUGCUGGUGCUUCUGGGGGUCUCCAACGCCCUCACCAAUGGGGUCCUGCCCUCCGUCCAGACCUACUCCUGCCUGCCCUAUGGAGCCAUGGCCUACCACCUCUCCGUGGUGCUCAGCAACAUCGCCAACCCUGUGGCCUGCUUCCUCGCCAUGUUCCUACUCUGCCGGUCACUGGUGGGCUUGACCAUCAUUUCUGCAGCCGGGUGCGUCUUUGCUGCUUACCUGAUGGUUCUGGCCGCCUUGAGCCCCUGCCCACCGCUGGUAGGGAGCCUCGCCGGAGCCACCUUGGUGAUUGUCUCCUGGACGCUCUUCCUGGGCCUCUUCUCCUACCUGAAGGUGGUGAUUGGGAGCCUGCUCCACGAGGCCGGACACUCGGCCCUGGUCUGGUGCGGGGCGGUCAUCCAGGCCGGCUCCUUGGUGGGGGCCCUGGCCAUGUUCCCCCUCACCAGCAUCUACCACCUCUUCCAGAGCGGGAAGGACUGCGUGGACAACUGCGCGGCCUGAACCAGGGGUCCCCCCAAAAGGACCCUCCGGCUGCAUUUUGGCACUUAAGGGGGCGAGGGAGGCUUCCCCAGACUUUUGGGAGAAAUCCCUCCCUGCCCCGGACACCCAUUGUCCAGUCCGGCCACUGAGCUCUCCGCUUCUUCUCUGGCCUUUUCUUAUAUGGUGCGCACACACCCAUGCGCCUUCCCACAAAUCCUGGGGGUCCCAGGAAGUGUUGACCAUCACUCUGUGUGGCCUUACGGCGCCAAUGUGAUCUUUGGUGAGUGUCCAGCUAGCACUUGAAUGGCCAGGCCAAGCCAACACAUUCUCCCAGUCCACUGACCUGCUGUGGGCAUAUGGAUUAAUGCAUAUGUAUGUAUAUGUGUGCAUGUGGAGUAAGGCAUUUGUAUAUGUAUGUGCAAACAUUGUUGCAUAUGUAU